GAGAGCAGUUGCAGGGGACUCUGCCCUCCCCAUCCUCUGUCUGCUCUUCUCUGUCACUUAACGGGCCAUCAUGGGAACAGCCAGGAACAACCAGAUUGAACUGAAACUCCCACUCCUUGAGAAACCGAAGACCCCAAAGGACUACGGCCAUCCUGAGGUCCUCCGCCACACCUUUGAGAGCCUGUCUAACCUCCACAAGCUGCUUCCAAAUCAUCUGAUGGAGCUGCUACAUUCCUACAAGAGUGACGAGGACAAGAAAAAGUGUGAGAACUCUGAAUUCUCUGGCUUAGAAAGAAUCUUAGCAAGACAUCAAUUUCCAAAAGAGAUUAAUCUGACCCCCAAACCAAGCAGUAUGCCCCUGUGGAGAAGGCAAGUCAACAACAGUGCAAAUCAGGGGUGGAAGAAAUGCCAUUUGUGGAGCAGAAACAUUAACGAGCCUCCAACGUCAACCAUAGUUGUCAGGUAGGUGUUUGACUGUGGUCCCACGAGGGCAUAUUCAGAGGGGUACAGGGUGACGACAAACCUCCUU